UUUGACGCUUUCCAAAACCUCCGAUUCCUUUUGGACGCGGCAAAGACAGGUCUUGUACUCAAUCUCAAAGGCGGUCUAUUUGCCUCUCCACCAAUCCGCCAAUUCUGCGUACGCAAACCUCAAGAACCCGACAUUUCCAAAAUUCGAUCCACGUUUGAGCCACCACGCAACGAUCAUGCUGUGAACCGACUCAUGCCUCUCUUCAACAUCUUGUUCAACGAUGAACAGCUGUUUCUGUUCGGACUUCAUACGAUCACCGAGGAAAUUGGACGCCUUAUCCGAACGAAUCCCGCCGUUGCUACAUUGAUAUCACCAUACAUUGCAGAGCGUAUAUCUUCGCUGUCAGUGGUGUCUGAAUGCCUUCAUCAGCUACAUCUUUUCCAACCCUGA